GACGAGCCACAUGACCGGCCAGUGGCCAAUAGCUGGCAGCUGGCUGAACCCCUUCCCACAAAAGAAGUCAUUGCAUAUGGGAAAUUAUUUUGAAAACUUUCGUUGGCGGAAAAAUGGCAGCCUUUGGGUUUCAACCAUAUAUGUACGAGCCUGAGUCUGAUCCUGAAUUUCAAGACGAUGAACCGAUUAACAUUAACGCUAGAUCUGAAUUACAAAGGAUGCUCAAGAGUGUGACAGCGUGCAUGUCAACCCCUUCAGCAGCUGGAACUGAUGCUGGAUCAGUGGUGUCGGACCCUCAACAUUCCCAAAAGCUACUAAAGGCCCUUCAGUCUUUCAGACAAGAUAAUUUUUUUCAAGAUGCAGUGCUGGUUUUGGAUGGUGAAGAGAUACCAGUUCAGAAGAACAUUCUGGCUGCUGCUAGUCCAUACAUAAGGACCAAAUUAACUUACAACCCCCCAAAGGAGGAUGGGUCUGUUUACAGAAUUGUGUUGGAAGGGAUCUCCGUCACCACCAUAAGGCAGAUACUCGACUACAUUUUCAGUGGAGAGAUUGCCCUGAGUGAAGACACCAUCCAGGAUGUGGUCCAAGCUGCUGAUCUUCUGCUCCUCACUGACCUAAAAUCUCUCUGCUGUCAGUUUCUGGAGGGCUGCAUCAAUGCAGAGAACUGCAUUGGUAUUCGGAUCUUUUCCAUGCAUUACUGCCUGCACCACGUUUACCACGUUGCCACGGAGUUCCUUCAGACACAUUUCCGAGAUGUGGCCAAUACAGAAGAGUUCCUGGAGCAGCCGCCCGAUCGCCUGUGCGAGCUGCUGGGGAUGGAAAAGCUCAACAUAGGAAAUGAAAAGCACGCGCUGGAAGCCGUGGUCCGCUGGAUCAGUCAUGACAUUGAAGCUCGGCGAGUCCACAUGAAGGAAGUCAUGUCUGCUGUAUGGAUUCAAGGCCUGGACCAGUCGUACCUCCAGGAGCAGAUGCUCGGUGAACCACUGAUGAGGGAGGUGAUAGGGAAUUGUUGUAUGGAGACCCUUAAAGCAGAACAGCAGGGGGAAGCGCUGCUCGCUGCGUUUAAACCCCGCGGAUACUCAGAGUGUAUUGUAAUAGCAGGGGGUGAGGAUAGAAACUCUCGGAGACCCACAGCAGCGGCACGCUGCAUGUGUCCUCUUUACGAUCCAAGCAGGCAGAUGUGGAUCGAGCUACAGCCUAUGAGUGUGAAGCGUGUUGGGCAUGGAGUCAUGUCAGCAGAAGGUUACCUGUUUGCAAUCGGUGGAAUGGAUGAGAAUAAAACUGUGUUGAGCAGUGCAGAGAAAUAUGACCCAGAGACCAACACCUGGACACCAAUCCCGCCAAUGAUGGAGGCCCGACAGCACUUUGGUAUUGCUGAGCUGGAUGGGAUGGUCUAUGUCUUGGGUGGGGAGAGCAAGAAAACUGAAGUUCUUCUCUCAAUGGAGGUGUAUGACCCCCAUUGUAACGUCUGGAAGAUCCAACCCAAUAUGAGCACAGUGCGCAAGUUUGGUUGCUGUGCCACCAUGAAAAAGAAGCUUUAUGUAAUGGGAGGUGGAUCGUACGGGAAAGUUUACGACUCUGUGGAGUACUAUGACCCCAAAACUCAGCAGUGGACAACCGUCUGCCCCCUAAAGGAACGGAGAUUCGGAGCUGUGGCGUGUGGUAUUGGACAAGAGCUUUACGUGUUUGGUGGCGUGCGAAACAGAGAAGUUGACAAUCCUGAGAACACCCAGAUGACCAUCGCCAAAUCCGAGUUUUACCAUGAUGAACUGAAAAGGUGGAUGCUCUUAGAUGACCAAAGCCUUUGUAUUCAAGCCACAUCAUCCUUUGUGUAUGGAGCUGUUCCUAUUGGUGCUAGCAUAUAUGUAGUAGGCGAACUCGACACUGGCACCAAUUUUGACUAUGUCCGUGAGUUUCGCAGAAGCACAGGGACGUGGCAUCCAACCAGACCUCUUAUACCAACUGAUCUGAGUAAGACGAGCUGUGCCGCCCUUCGGAUCGCCAACUGUAAGCUGUUUCGCCUUCAACUUCAACAGGGCCAGUUUCGGAUUCGGGUUUCUUCCACAUAAACUGAACUCGCAUCUUCAUCACUGGAAUCCGUAUCAUGUCACUCCUCAUCGUCUGCUAGUUGAAAGGAGGAUGAUUGUGGGAUUGCAGUGGCUUAAGUUGAAGUUUGGUAAAAGUUAUUAAGUUUAAUAUUGGUGCCUUUUGUAAGGGAAUACAUAAAAUGGUUCUUUCUUCACCAGAUACGUAUCAUGUAAGGGACCUUCUCUUUGUUUUACAACUUAGUUUACAUUGUUUUACCUGGCGGUUAUCGCUGCUUGUCUUUUGACGCUAGCACUUUGGACAGGGAAGUUAAAGUAGCAUUUUUUUUAAACCCUUUUAUAUUUAGGGAGCAAUAAGUAAGGGAACAAAUCGAAUGUGUGCUACAUUGAAUGGUACGUAAGUACUAAGCACAAUAUUGUUGCUGAUGUCUGUCUAGCUACUGUACACAUAAAAUAUAAAGAGAGUUAGAUUAUUGAAAUCAAUGGGUGACAAUGUUAGGGCUGUCAAAGCAUUUUCUUCCUAUUAAUGAUCAAAAUCUCAAAGUCAAGUGUAGUUUUUGAGCAAACUGUAGUGCAUUAAAGGGAUAGUUCACCAUAAAAUGAAAAUUCUGUCAUCAUUGACUCAUCCUCAUGUUGUUCUAAACCUGUAUGAAUUUAUUUUUAUUUAUAAACACAAAAGAAGAUAUUUUGAGAAAUUACGUAAACACAGCAGAUAUAGUGACCAUUGACUUCCAUAGUAGGAAAAAAUAUUUUGGAAGUAUUGUAAUAAAUGAUGAAGAAAAUAUUUUGAUAAAUGAUAGGAAGCACACAGUUGAUGGUACCCAUUAAAUUCCAUCAUAUUUUUUUAUUCCUACUAUGGAACUCAAUGGUCACUAUCUGCUUGUGUGUUUACCAUCAUUUCUCAAAAUAUCUUCUUUUCUGUUCAUCAGAAAAAAGAAAUUCAUACAUGUUUAAGACAACAUGAGGAUGAGUAAAUGAUGACAGAAUUUUCAUUUUAAAGUGAACUAUCCCUUUAAGUUUUAAUAAAUUCAGUUUAUUAUAGGCCUUUACAUCAGUAGUGUUUUAUUCGUAAGCUAUAUUCAGUCUCAUGGAGGUUGAUAAUUAUAUUUUGCCAUACAAUAUUUAACAUUUUAAAGUUUAUUUCUUUGUUAAAAGUCCCUUCUAGAUAUUUUCUUUAAAACAAUAUUGUCUAGAACACAGUUAAUGAAGUCCAAGGUUAACACAUCACCUUCACUAGUCUUCGUUAUGUGGAUGUUUUUUUCUAUUUGGAGGGAGAAAUAUCAAUAUCACUACUGAGUUAAGAGUUUACAUUUUAGAUUAUGAUCAAUAAUGUGCUGAACUUUAACCAUGUGUCAUAUUAUUAUUAUUAUCUGUGGAAUGUAAGUGUGCUGGAAAUUAGCAUAUUUUAUGAGUCUGGCUUUCUAUGUGAUAGCCUGUCUGUCUUAAAUGACCAAAUUUCGCUGUUGGUCUCGUAUCCAGGGACUCCGAGCAACACAACAUGUCAGAAAUAGAUGCAAGUUGCUGGUCUCACCCUUAUGUGGCGAGAGUAUUUUGUAAAUGACCUCUGAACUGGCUUUCCUGUCAGUGUGGACGGUUUUGGCAUCUGGUGACCCCAUUUGUUCUGUGCAUGAAUCAGCUGCUGCUGUCUGUUGUAAUUGAAGGAAUGAACAUGGCAUAUUCACCACCGUGGAAAUUCACAGCAAUAGCUGAAAUUAAGAAUACAGUACAACAUUUCGACUUUAGCCAUUUCCAGUUUUGGGGUCUGCACCGGUGUUGUAAAUAACCCAAUUUUUUUCAGAACUAAUAAAUUCAUGGAAAAGUA